CAAAGCCCAUUGCACAUGUGUAUGUUGUGUGGGAAGCAUAUCUGAAAGAGCUCUAUCUCAGAAAAGGAAAUUCACAACAACAAGCAAGAAGACCCUCCUCUCUUAAGUCAGUUGUGUGAUUUCAGUCUUGUGGACUUGUUGGGCAACAGACAUUGCAUCACUUGGACUCCUCCAUUAAAACUGAUGGCGCUGUUACUGUUAAAGCCGUUCCUCUGGGCUCUUCUGCUCCUUCAGUUUGCACUGCAGCUGUUGGAUGGAGCUGAACCACAGAACCUGAACUGUCCUGCAUAUGGAGGAGUUCCUGGCACUCCUGGACACAACGGUCUGCCUGGAAGAGAUGGGAGAGAUGGUAAAGAUGGAGCAAUUGGACCCAAAGGAGAAAAGGGAGAGUCAGGAGUGAGUGUUCAGGGACCACCAGGUAAAGCGGGACCACCUGGGACAGCUGGAGAAAAGGGGGAAAGGGGACCUUCAGGCCCACAAGGGUCUCCUGGAAGUGAAAGUGUUCUUGAAUCCCUGAAAUCUGAGAUCCAGCAACUCAAAGCCAAGAUUGCCACGUUUGAGAAAGUUUCAAGUGUCUGCCACUUCAGGAAAGUGGGACAGAAAUACUACAUCACUGAUGGUGUUGUGGGGAAUUUUGAUCAAGGAUUAAAAUCCUGCAAGGACUUUGGUGGAACAAUGGUUUCGCCAAGAACUUCUGCAGAAAACCAAGCGUUAUUGAAAUUAGUAGUAUCCAGUGGUUUAGGUAGUAAGAAGCCAUAUAUUGGAGUCACAGACAGAAAAACAGAGGGACAGUUUGUGGACACUGAGGGGAAACAAUUGACAUUUACCAACUGGGGUCCUGGUCAGCCUGAUGACUAUAAGGGACUACAAGACUGUGGUGUUAUAGAGGACACUGGCCUUUGGGAUGAUGGCGGUUGUGGUGAUAUACGCCCUAUUAUGUGUGAAAUAGACAUCAAAUAGAAUGUAUGACAUUAUAAUCAUACAGAUCUGCAAUACUAAUAUACUAUAAACAGUGCACAUAGAACACAAAGUUUAAAUCCUCACCCGCUCAAAGCAUGUCCUUCAAAAAAUUAUUCUGCAGUACAUAGAAAAAAUACAAAUAAUAAUUGCUAUACUUUUUGUUUCAACUUAAUAAACAGUUUCUUAUGUCUA